GGACUUAAACUAAACUUGUUCAUAGAACAGUCUCAAUACAUCCCCGAAAUUAGUGACACGGCAGGAGCUAGAGUGGUGAUUCACGAACAAGGACAAGUUCCCUUUCCUUACAAUGAAGGCCACAGUGUGCUUCCGAGCAGAUCUACAUCUUACCGAGGGGGCGGGCGUCGGGGAUUAUAGCCCCGCCCCCUAAGUAGUUUUGACACUCAUGCAAGAUGGCAGCCCGUAACGGAAAGCGCUCGAUCUCGACGAUCUUACGGAAAAAUAGAGGACUGUGAACAAUCCAUUUCAUUAACUUUAUCAACGACCUGCUGAAAGUGCAGGUUUAUGUCAUUUCAGAAUGUCUCGAUUUUCCGUGCUCGAGUCUAAAAUAUGUUCUACUAUAAGCCAUUUUGCUGCUAGCUUUUCGAUGCUUUAAUUGGUUCUGUUCCAUCUGGAAUUUUCCUCAAAAGUAGCUUGACCGACGUCAUAACGCGUAACCAUAGUAACGGAAUACCACUUAAAAUGUUAAGAUAUGUCUAACGCAAGUCUGACGAAUAAAGUCAAUAAAUGAACCGCUAAUUGAAAAAGAGUUCCAAUUCUGACUUACAUCAUUUUUUAGGAGAGUGGCAUCUCCUCCCUCUUAUACACAAGGGUCAAGAUUCCGUGAAAUGGAAGGGGAGAGACGAGCGUACUCAAAUUGCCUGGCCAAGAACUAAUUUUCGCUUAUAUUCAACUGCAAACGUAGCUCAGCAUGUGCAGCUUUAUUGUUACAAAUGUGAACAACAGACACAGAGAAUUUUCAGAAAUAACGUUUAGAAAUAAUGGAUAGUUCUGAAACAAGGAGGCUUCUCAUCAUGAGUUUGAAACUUUGUAAUUUUUAUUGUUUGACCUUAGACCGUUAUAGAGAGGGAAGAUCCGUUCGGCAAUGGAAGUUGUGUUUCGGAGAGUGCUCUAAAUGGCAAAAACUUGUAUGCCAAAAAAUACAACGCUUCGUACUCUAAACAGGUAAAAAAAAAAUAACAACGUAAAAGAUAUUUAUUAAUUGCUAAAAGGUAUUAAAAGAUAUGGUUGAUCAGAUGAUAGGAUUUUGCAGUUAGCCAAUUACAACAAGAAUACAUCAGUUGGGACGUGGUGACGGGCUGAAUUCACAAGGUAUUACGCUGCGGCAAUUUAGGCUAUUAUUAGUAUGAACACCUAUCUGAUAUGUGACUCUUUACUUUAGAGAUCGGUGCGGAGCAGCUUCGCUCUGUCACAGAAAUUGCGUCGAAAUCACGGUUCUCGUGUGUGAACAGAAGCCCUGACUGGUAUGGUUUUCGUGCCGGUGCCACAGCUACCUUAUUAAAAGGAAAUUAACGCUCCAUGAAAUUAACGCGAAUCGUUAAAAUUCGCGUUAAUUUAAGUCGCGUUAAUUUUGUUGAGCGUUAAUUUCGGCGACGUUAAUUAAGUGCAGCGUUAAUUUCCGCGCUCUUAAUUUCCAGUAUCUUAACCCCAAUUUUGGAACCUGUCCAGACAUUCUUGACACCUAAAAAACAUUAACUACAAGCUUUCUUUCUUUCUUUCCAUUUACCCUUUAUUUUUCAUCUUUCACAAAAAGCUAUGGCGAAGGUUUACAAUAUUUCGAGUUCAUCUUCAUCGUUGUCGCUUUUACAAGUGAUGUCAAUAUCUUCUCCUUUGAUUUCGCGUAAUUAAUCGCGUUAAUUUCCUUUAUGAUGAAAUUCUACUUCCUCUCUCGCGUUAAUUUUCUUUAUUCGAAAGUCGUUUGCCAUUAAAUUCGCGUUAAUUCAAGUCGCGUUAAUUUCCAAUACCUUAAUUUAUCCGAUAUAGUAUGAACGUAGCCUUUUAACGGUCACCCUUCAGUUACUAGAGCGAGACAGACUCUCAAUCACAUGAACACAUUUUAAUUUUUCAAAUUAAUUACUGGACAUUUUUAGUCUAAAUUAGCUUAAAUUAUUAGUGUUCCGAAUUCUUGUGCGCACCUUUCAUGCACAACAUUUCUAGACCAGUCAAUUAUUGCUGUCUAUCCCGCUUGUUUAGGCCUGUAUGAACACUUGUCACGCGGAUAAGCAGAUAGCAGAUUGUGGAUGCGCCGAAGGCCAGUUCCCUACAGAUGCAGAUAUAUGCAAUUUGCGUAACAAAACUAUAGGUAAAUAUGUUUAAAUUGCUAUUAUCUGUAACCCUAUCAAAUUCCAUUGGUUUCGCCAUUUCAAGCUUCCAAGGAACAUUAUGUAGAAUCAAAUUGUUAUUUAAUCAUCAUAACUGAAUGGAAAGGAUGCGUUAUAAAUUAUUGUUAUUAUUAUUUUAAUUAUUAUUAGUAUCAUCAUCAUCGUCAUCAUCAUUAUUAUUGUUGAUAUUAUUAUUUGUAUAAUAAAUCCUCAUUACAAUAAGUUUAGCAGAAACAUUUUCUUAUCUGUUUUUUCAACAGCUAAGUGCCUGGAGAAAAUACAAUUUAAGCUGCUUACAGGAGAACUCGACUGCGAGGCUCAGUGUCCAACACCAUGCAGGUAAUUCAACUAUUAAAUGUACAAAAUAUUUUUUGUUCACGAAGAUUAAAAAUCGACCUUAUCCACAUACAACGCCCUCACUUUUUACCUUAAUCGAUUAUUUAAUUAAUCAGCAUUUGCUCUAAUUAAAAUUAAAGUUGCUUAGAACUUUCGGAAGACUUUCAACAAUAUCAGUCUGAAAUCUUCUGAUUUUCUGCAAAGAAAAAAAUAAUUGGCCAGAAAUACAUGUACAUGGAAGAGCACAAUAUACUCUCGGUUACACCUUCUUUGAUAUCUUGUAACGAUUAAAACAUGUGUCACUCAGUUUUGUUUUCUCAUAGAGAAGUUCAAUACAAGAGCACCCUUUCAAUGGGUCACUGGCCUUCCUUUGGAUAUGAGGUAUUUCUUUAUUAUUAUACCCUCCCUUUCGAAUCCUUUAAUAAGCAUUAAUAUUCACAUAAUUUGUAGAUUUAGUCAAGGCCAAAAGCGAUGUCUUUCUACAGUACAGUACAGUACAGUUCAAAUCCUCCAGUCGGUAAGCCUGUUACCAUGGAGUUGCACUGGCGACUACACGGUCGACCAGUGUAUCGAAACUACUCUUAUCCUUUGUAGACCUCUUUACCUGAAGCCAUUCAUCUUUCGCCAAAUCAAGAAGCAAACUGAAUUCCUUCUGAAGAAUGAACCUGAGCCAACAAUUAAUUAGAUAACCAAUAACUGUUCAGAGGAGAACUUAAAAAAUACGUCACCUGAAUCGUACACCUGAGCUUCGGAUGCUGUCAUGUGACACUUGUCAUUGGAUACCCUAUUUUCAUUGACAGCUGUCAAUUGACGAUAACAUAGAUUUUCAAUAGUCAAAUUAAAACCUAGAAAGUUUUUCAUUUCACAUCCGAUAACUAUGAAAGGAGUGGACGUACGGAUGGACGAUUUUGUCAGAACCAAAAUUUCUUGGAUGCAUAG